AUGUCAACGCUAGGGCCGGGACCAAAACCCUGCGGAGGCACAGAAGAGUUUUGCCUGUCAUGGCCGGGACCGGAAUGGUGCAUCGGUAAUGAGAAGGACGUUGCUCCCAUAGGCGACAGCGAGGGUCCACUCCCUGUCGAUCCCGUGUUGAUUCCCGACUGCGAGGAUGUGCCCCGUCUCAUGCGGGAGGGUUUCCAUUGGACGGUCGCCAACGUCAUCCGAGAGGAAGGCUUCGUUGAGGACUCUCCCGCGCUCGAAAGAGGCUGGAAUGGUACCAAAGGAGGUGUCCCGUUCCUCCGGUCACGCCAUUUCUUCUUGCGUGAUCUGCAGCAACCUCCGAGGUGGACUGCACAUCUCCACGCUCGAGCACCGAAUGAUGCCAUAUUAUCCAGCAUCCGUCUUGAGAAACUGUCAGUAGACACGAUCAACGUGGCAGCUGCGUGGAGUCUUGGCAGCAAGCUCAUCUACUUCUACAACAUUGCGAACCCUCAGGACGCGUUUAACGCAAUAUAUGACGACAUGUCCAUGGAGGGAUGGUGGCACUGGCCUAGGAAACGGCAGCACCCAAAAGCAGAAUGA